AUGGAGAUUUGGGUGUAUAAAUACAGGGCCGAGGCAGAGGAGAAGGCAGCUCAGACUCAACUGGCUCUGCAGACCGAGCAGGAACGCUCCCACUCUACAGCUAUGGCACCCACUGUUUUUGGACAAGCAAGCAAGGAACACCUGACCCCUGCGCAUAAGCUCAGAAAGCCAAUGGUGGAGAAACUGCGCAGAGAUCGCAUCAACACCAGCAUCGAGCAGCUGAAGUCUCUGCUGGGUCCUGAGUUUCUCAGGCAGCAGCCCGACUCCAAGCAGGAGAAGGCAGACAUCUUGGAGAUGGCCGUGUCCUAUCUGAGAAGCUGGCAGCAGCAGAAGCAGCAGCAGCAGCAGCAGCAGGCCAGCUUGACCUCCAGCCUGAUGACAGCCACUGACGGUUACUCCCACUGUGUGCAGGAGGCCGUCAGCUUCCUGUCCCACUGCGAGGUCCAGACUCAGGCUCACAGGCUGCUGCUCAGCCACUUCCAGGGCCUGCAGGUGUCCAGCAGGACGGGCCACAGCCCCUGCAGCCUCUCCCCUCCUGGGUCUCCCCUCCAUCGGGUCAGCUCCAGUAAGGGUGUAAGCCAGGGCAGCUGUGCUCUGUGGAGGCCCUGGUAGGACGGAGGCAGCAUCACCUCCACACUGAGAGAAAACUACGUCUGUGAACGUCAUGGACAGAAAGUUAAAGACUCAUGAAGUCUGUUUCCUUUUGCUUUGGCACGAGAUUCAAUAUUGAUGAUUGUUUUACUAUGUGGCGAAAUUCGCACGUUGUGCCAGUAUUCCUUUGGAAGGACUGAAAUGAUUCAGGUUUUACUGAAUAUGUACACCAUGUGUAUCGAUGUUCUACACUUUAUUUUAGAGUUCUUACUC